AUGCCCAUUUCACAGACCCCACCUGAGAGGGACAACUGGGAGCGCCCACGCUGGGAGUUCACCCUGCGGAGGAAGCUGGGUGAGGGCUACUUUGGAGAGGUGUGGGAAGGACUGUGGAGGAACACGGUGCCGGUGGCCAUCAAGAUCAUAAAAGCUGACAUGAAGACAGAAGACUUCACCAAGGAGAUUCAGAACCUGAAGCGCCUGAGGCAUGAGAAGCUGAUCCAGCUGCAUGCUGUCUGCUCGCUGGAUGAGCCUGUGUACAUCAUCACUGAGCUCAUGCGGAAAGGCAACCUCCACACCUACCUCAACAGUCCAGAAGGGAAGUCCCUGGGCACCUCCCACCUGCUCAACAUUGCCUGCCAAGUGGCGGAUGGGAUGAGGUACCUGGAGGAGAAGCACAUUGUUCACCGGGACCUGGCAGCCAGAAACAUCCUGGUAGGAGAGGAACUCACCUGCAAAAUUGCUGAUUUUGGACUUGCCCGUCUUCUCAAGGAUGACAUUUAUUCCACCAGCAGCAGCACCAAAAUCCCAGUGAAGUGGACAGCCCCAGAGGCAGCCAACUACCGUACCUACUCCCUCAAGUCUGAUGUCUGGUCCUACGGGAUUCUGCUCUAUGAAGUCUUCACAUAUGGACAGAUCCCGUACGAAGGAAUGACGAACCAAGAAACUGUACGACAAAUCACCAGGGGCUACCGCCUUCCCCGGCCCAGCUCCUGUCCUCCUGAGAUCUACAGCAUCAUGCUGGAAUGCUGGAAUGGCAACACAGAGGAGCGUCCCACCUUCUUGGCCCUACGGGAGAAGCUGGGCUUCAUCUACAGACGACUGCUCAGCUCUCUUUCCUGA